AAAAAUUAUAAAUCUCUUUUGAAAAAUUUCUUUUAGCCAUCGCCGCCGGCAACCCAAUAUAACGAGUCACUCCCGCCGCCCGCCUCCGCCCGGCCCCGCCAUUGUGAGCCACCCAGCCGCAGCCGUUAAAACAAUCAUAUCCUACAUCUCUUCAAAGAUCUUUCACUUUCCAAAUUUCACAAGCAUACAGGCUCAGCCUAACCGCCAUCGCCCUCACUCAGCUAACCAGGUUCAGGCUAGUUCCAUUUUUUCCGGCGGCCGGAACAUCUACGAUGGAGUCGUCCACAUGGACGAAGACUCAGAAAGAGCAGCGGGUAGUAGAGGGUCAAGUCUUUCAGAUUUACAACUUCUUCUACAGCAUCCCGCCCAAUUCCCAGUCUGUCAUGUUGGAAAUUCAACGAGAUAUGCAUAUACAGUAUCUUUCCAGUGGACUGCGUCGCCUUGGUCCAUCAUUUUCCGUUCUAGAUGCCAACCGGCCCUGGCUUUGUUAUUGGAUGAUCCACUCAAUCUCUGUGUUGGGCGAGUCGAUUGAGGACGAAUUGAAAGACGAUGUCAUUGACUUUCUCAGUCGCUGCCAGGAUCCAAAUGGAGGAUAUGGAGGUGGACCUGGUCAGAUGCCACAUCUUGCGACAACCUAUGCUGCAGUUAAUACACUUAUUACUUUGGGAGGUCAAAAAUCUUUCUCAUCAAUCAAGAGAGAAAAACUAUACUCAUUUUUGUUGCGAAUGAAAGAGGAAAAUGGUGGUUUCAGGUAGGUAUCUCUUGGCUUAUUGCACUUUAAUUUUACUCUAUCUUGCAUGGGUUCUUCAAACAAGUGUAAUUUUUUCGUCCCCGUAACAUCCCUGUUUGGGUACUUGGGAUGUCCCGACACCCAAAUUCUUUGUAAGAUUUGGAGAAUUUGGUGUUUCCCCAUUCACGACCAUGUACCCAUAUGAGUACUUGUCCCCGUCUCCGUUCAACUUAGCCUUAACUGAUCAGAAUGUAUGUGGUCACAAAUUUAAUCAUAUUCCCUUUGCAGUGUUUCUGCUAAUCAGCAAAUUGUGCAUUAUCCUUUGAUUUUUUUUUAAAUAUUUUCUUUCAGGAUGCAUGACGGGGGCGAAGUUGAUGUCCGUGCAUGCUAUACUGCCAUUUCAGUUGCAAGCAUCCUGAACAUUCUUGAUGCAAAACUAAUUCAUAAUGCCGGAAAUUUCAUUGUAAGGUUUGUUUUUUUAACAUGUCACUUUUCCUAGGGAAUGUAUAUCGU